GCGGCCACAGAGUCUGCAACAGUAACCGAGCCAUGGCUGGAGCUGGCCAGCGGCGCGGGCAAAAAGCAGCCGCCGAAGACGCGCGGGCUGCGUCAGGGGAGCCGGGGGCCUCAGAAUUCUAAGAAGGAAAGGGCGAGAGGGGGCCAGGGGCGGGCGGGCUGGGGGCUCCGCGCUCGCCCAACGGCACGGAUCCUUUUUGGAAAUUAAUAUUUAAAAAAAAGCCGAGGACGCAGAGGGGAAGGUGGGGGCAAGAGGGAAGACGAGACACUCAGAGAGGGAGACAGAGCCCCACAGUGAGAGGAAGGAAGGCAGGCAGGCAACAGUCGCCGGCAGCCGAUGUGAAGACCGGACUGCGUGCGCCCUUCGCCGCCUUUGCCCGGCCUCAUCGAUGUUGUGUCCGCCGCCGGCUCGCCCGGAUCACGAUGAACGCGCAGUUGACCAUGGAGGCGAUCGGCGAGCUGCACGGGGUGAGCCAUGAGCCAGUGCCCGCUCCUGCCGACCUCCUGGGCGGCAGUCCCCACGCGCGAAGCUCCGUGGCGCACCGUGGCAGUCACUUGCCCCCCGCGCACCCUCGUUCCAUGGGCAUGGCGUCCUUGCUGGACGGCGGCGGCGGCGGCGGAGAUUACCACCACCACCACCGGGCCCCCGAGCACAGCCUGGCCGGCCCCCUGCACCCCACUAUGACCAUGGCCUGCGAGACUCCCCCAGGUAUGAGCAUGCCCACCACCUACACCACCUUAACCCCUCUGCAGCCGCUGCCGCCCAUCUCCACCGUCUCGGACAAGUUCCCCCACCAUCACCACCACCACCAUCACCACCACCACCCGCACCACCACCAGCGCCUGGCGGGCAACGUGAGCGGUAGCUUCACGCUCAUGCGGGACGAGCGCGGGCUGGCCUCCAUGAAUAACCUCUAUACCCCCUACCACAAGGACGUGGCCGGCAUGGGCCAGAGCCUCUCGCCCCUCUCCAGCUCCGGGCUCGGCAGCAUCCACAACUCCCAGCAAGGGCUCCCUCACUAUGCCCACCCGGGCGCCGCUAUGCCCACUGACAAGAUGCUCACCCCCAACGGCUUCGAAGCCCACCACCCGGCCAUGCUCGGCCGUCACGGGGAGCAGCACCUCACGCCCACCUCGGCUGGCAUGGUGCCCAUCAACGGCCUUCCUCCGCACCACCCUCACGCCCACCUGAACGCCCAGGGCCACGGGCAGCUCCUGGGCACGGCCCGGGAACCCAACCCUUCGGUGACCGGCGCACAGGUCAGCAAUGGAAGUAAUUCAGGGCAGAUGGAAGAGAUCAAUACCAAAGAGGUGGCGCAGCGUAUCACCACCGAGCUCAAGCGCUAUAGCAUCCCACAGGCCAUCUUCGCGCAGAGGGUGCUCUGCCGCUCCCAAGGGACCCUCUCGGACCUGCUGCGCAACCCCAAACCCUGGAGCAAACUCAAGUCCGGACGGGAGACCUUCAGGAGGAUGUGGAAGUGGCUGCAGGAGCCCGAGUUCCAGCGCAUGUCUGCGCUCCGCUUGGCAGCAUGCAAAAGGAAAGAACAAGAACAUGGGAAGGAUAGAGGCAACACACCCAAAAAGCCGAGGUUGGUCUUCACAGAUGUCCAGCGUCGAACUCUACAUGCAAUAUUCAAGGAAAAUAAGCGUCCAUCCAAAGAAUUGCAAAUCACUAUUUCCCAGCAGCUGGGGUUGGAGCUGAGCACGGUCAGCAAUUUCUUCAUGAACGCAAGGAGGAGGAGUCUGGACAAGUGGCAGGACGAGGGCAGCUCCAAUUCAGGCAACUCAUCUUCUUCAUCAAGCACUUGUACCAAAGCAUGAAGGAACACCCACAAACUAAACCUCGGUGGAAAAGCUUUAAAUAAAAAAAUUUUUAAAAGACCAGGACCUCAAGAUAGCAGGUUUAUACUUAGAAAUAUUUGAAGAAAAAAAAAGUGUUAUUUAUAGUCCAAAGAAACCAAAGACUUAGCUCACCUGCAUUCUGACUUUGUUCGGAGACACACACUUCAGCGGGGCAACGACUUGGCAAGAGAAAAUAUGAGCAGAAAAGCACCACUGGAUCUCACACCUUCAAUCCAUGAUCAUUCUCGCUGUGCUUGGCUGUUUUGUGGUUUGGAGCAUAGUGAUUUUGAGCCAUUGAGUGGACAUCUUUUAAGAUCAGACUUUCUCAUCUGUUCCACUAUGCCACGAAGGUGUAUGGUGUCUCAGUACUGUGUGUGGGUACGUGAGUGCAUACACAUACAUACACACACACACACACACACACACACACACACACACACGCAUCACCAGUGGUUAGGGACUUAGGCAGGCUGGUCUUCAGGAAGGGUUGUGCUAUAGGAGUGCACCCAACAUAGUGUGGGGUUGUCUGAGUUCAUUGGAUAGGAGUGUGAUUUCGCUCGUCUAGCCUAGCGUUUGAACCUGCCAGGCCCGCAACCUAAAUGCAGAUUCAAACCCAGCAAAGAAAAUUUGAAUGACACCUAAACCAGUGCAUUCUCUUUGUUUGUUAAGGAAUGUUCAGAUAUUUUUUAAGAAAUGAAACAAGAGUCCAUCCAUUAAAAGAAAAAUCACCUAGGUACCAAAGAACACACUUAAUAUUAUAGUGCAGGUAUUUUAUUGCAAUGAUUUUAAUAACCAAAGCUAUUUUUACACAAGAUACUAUGUAAAGUUAUACGUAUAAACUGAUCUAGCUGUAAUACACAUGCCACAUAGAAUCAUGACUAUUAUUUAUGACUCUUGAAGCAUUUGAAAUAUUAGUUUUCAGAACUGGCAAGAAAGAAUGUAGCUUCAGGGAAGCAUUUAAUAUCAGAACAGAGAGGUCAGUGUAGUAUACAUGUACAUCCAGAUGGCACACUCCCUUUCGGGAUCCAUAAAUGAUACUUAGACAUAUAGACGUGAUGCCAUAAUCUGUUCAUAGCUGAGAAAACCUGGGGAUUCUUCCAAAGUAGGACCCCAUUUAUAAAUUAGAAAACUAAGUUUAACAGAGCAAACAAUUAAAUUAGAACAUUUGUUCAAAGUAAUGCUUUUUUAGUAAAAGACCACUGAAUAAAGGAUAUCAUACUUGGGUUAAUUUGACUGAAAGUUGCUUUAUGCAUUUGACACCAAAUACCUUUUUAAAAUAUUUUACGAACACACAAAGUGAGCAGACCAACAUUAUUAUUAAAAUGAACUAUCCAGUAUUUGUAACCAAAUUGAUCUUAUUGCCAAUCUCAGACAUAUUAUGACUUGAACAUCAAUAAAAAUAGCAGAGGCAACUGAGAAGUGGUGGAACGCCAUAGAAAAAACCAGAGUUCUAGUGGAAGACAAGACUUUGGGUUCUAUUGGUGUAAAGCUAUUUAUUUCACUAAGCAUAGCCUCCAAAGUAUACUACAUUCUUUCUUGCUACUGCAUUAAGCUGGAAAUUUUCUAACAGAGAGUCCACUCUCUAACAGGGACAGAUAAAACACUAGAUCUGAGCUUCCAAAUACAAAAUUUUCAAUUUCUGUUUUUCCAAAUUACUUAACCAGAACUGGAGAAAUCAAGGGGGAAGAAAAAAACUAAUACAGUUGUACUAGCAGUACCCAAGUAAAUCACUUGCUUCCCAGAAAAAUUCUCUCUGAACUCCAUUGAAUUGUAACUCAAACAAAUGGAUGUCUUUUGUACUAUUAGGUAAAGAAUUGGGUACUCUUGGUUAAUUAGCACACCUAAUUAGAGAUAUGAAGUGAAAUGUUAUCACAACAAUAAGUUGUUAAUUGAUAUUCAUUAAAAUGCUAAAGGAAAAAUAUUGAACCAUCUUGACACAAAACCUAACUCCUUAAGGUCAAGUCUCAGCGUCAUGUCUAGGUCUAGAAAGAGACGGGCACCUGGAGAGAUGAAACUAAACCAACAAGCCAUCUGGAUCUCCUUCAUGUCUGCUGUAGAAUGAGAAAAGCAAACCAACACAUACUUCUCCUUUAAUGAAAUAGUGCAUUUGCCUUGACACAUUUUGUCUUAGUAUUUUUUUUUAUCUCAUACCAAACUCCAGCUUAAAAAUUUCUCUUCUAAAUAUGGCACAACUACAGUUCAGCUAUUAAAAGAGAGCAUUUCAAUGGCCACCCUUAGAGAUUUGCUUAACAUAUAAUCUUGUCAAUGACAUAAACCAAAAGGAAAAAAACUGAUUAACUUUUUCACUCUCUCCAGGAAUGGUGGGGGCCAGGGGUACAGCUAUAAUAAUAUAUUUAUAAUUCAGGAGGGAGGAAAGCCUUAUUUAUUUAAAACAUGAGAAUAUUAAAUGCAGGGACAUUCAAGCUGUGUCUACACACAAUCUUACCAAAUUCAGCUCCCCAGGAAAAACAAAAGUUGAAUUCAAACACCAUGGUUUUUGCUUCGUUUGUGCUACAUAACCCCUUCAGAUUGAUCCAAUUGCAUUUGACCUUUCAACCAAUUAUUUUGGUACUGUGUAGACACAGUCUCAGAGAAUAUUACUACAUUUCUAAUAUUCCCAUCAUAAUGCUUUUUUGAAAAAAAAAAUACAGUGAUCCUAUUUGCUGACACCAAAGAUAAUUUUCAUACCAGCAUUGAAUUUGCACCCAUUACGCAAUUUCAGGGCCUAGAGAUAUAUUUUCUCAUAAACAGAUGCACAAAUCAGAGCCUGAAAAGCAAUUUUUUUACUUGACUGUUCAAGUAUACUCACAACCUUUGCUUUUUAGAAAUCAUAACGACAAACUCAGCUUCUCAUGAGCAAUAUACUCGUUACGUCAUGUACAACUGAUUCUUUAUUGCUUCUAACUUGGCAUGUGGCAUUAAUUUAUGGCUCAGCUUUCUUAACCUACCACACUCAAUGGAGCAGAUCACAUGCCAUUUGCUCAUCCAUUAUUUCUCAAUCCUUUUGGAAAAUUCACCUAAAAAGGUAUCUCAUUUUUUCAUUUGUAUGUUUGUUUCUUCCAGAACUGCACUUCACUUAACAUGUUUUGGGGUUCUGUGGGGGUUUUUUUUGGUAGAAUGGAAGUUAGACUGUUUUUCACCAUAAACCAUUCAGGUCCUCUCAUGCCUAGAAGUUUCCCUGAAAGGGGGCAAAGAAAGAGAGUGGAAGAUGAGAAGUCUGGAUACUCCAGAAGCCCAGACUUCAGUAAAUGUUCAGGUAAAUGAAUUCUGAAUGUCAGGAACUAAGUAUUCAGUCCCUGGAUGCAGCUGUCAUAGACCCCAAAACCCAAAGAGAAUGUGGGGAAAUUCAGAAAUUCUAACUGAAUAUGUCACUCACUCUGCACCCCCCCCCCAAAAAAAAAGCAUAAUUAAUUUUCCAGGACAAAAAAGUAAAAGCACCAUGCUACUUUUGGACUCAUGCCACUCCCAUUGCUACCCCAGGUGAAUGAUCCAUCUUUGCAGGUUAAAUGCAAACUUUGCUAUACCAAAGAGUCCUAGGACAUUUUCACAUGAGCUAUAAAGGCAUUUUCUGUAAGAAAGGUCCUCCCUUCUUUGUACAUAAAGGAUGAAAACUAUGCAUUUAGCAAACAAAGAGAAAGCACUUCCCCCUUUCCUAUCUAGUUGUUUAGGGUGCAUUCAAACACCAGAGGCCAUUUUGAGAUGCGAUUGGCCUUCUGGAUUAUUCUUGUGGUGUGGUUAGCUUUACAGUACAUUUGGUAACUAUUUCCUAAAUAGUAAGGACAAAGAAGCAGAAGGUAAGAAAUAGCUACUUCCACGUGUAAAAAAAAAAAAAAGAAAAAAAAAGAAAAAGAAAAAAAAAAGUGUAAAGAUCUACUAUUUAUAGUGUGAACCAAAGACGCUACCUCACUCGAUUUCCAUUGGUGAUUUUAAUCACAUUGAUGAUACCAAAGAAUACCAAAGAUAUUUUCAUGCACGGCCUUGGUCUGCAGAGGGAACUCCACCCUUUUCCCUCCCCCACCUCUCCUCCCCUCCUCACUCUUCACUCAGUGUGUAAACUUGUCUUCAUUCUUAAUAAUAAUGAUACGAAAUGAUAACAACAACAUUAGGAAAUACUACUCUGACUACUGCUAGUUCUACUUGUAAAUCUCUAGGCAAACAUGUUGCAAACUUUGUAAACUCCUAGGACGAGUGCCUUGCUUGAACCAAAGUGUUAAACCGCUGUUGACCUCUCACCUUAUACUCUUUGAAUACCUCAGCCUCUUAGAAAGGCCACUAAUGAAAAAAAAAAAAAAGGAAUAAUUAUUCACCGUGGUGCUUUUUCCGUGCAACCAUGCAAUGAAACUUUCUUUGAUACCAAAGGAUGACUUUUCCCCCCAAUUUCUUGCUGAUAAACCAAAGCUCCUCCUCCUCGUUCCCUCUCAAGAUCCCCCCACUUCACCGAGCCCCUUCACCAGGCAGGCCGUGCAUCACUUUUACCAAUUCCUCCAAAUACCUCAUAGUAAUAAAGUUUUAGGGUUAUGUUGUAUAGAGAGUCUAUGUGAUAAGGCAGAACUUACUAGUUUGAUAAUUGUUAAGGUUACUUUUAAAAAAACUUUAUAAUUCUUAUUUAUUUUGUAGUUUGUAUGUUUGGGAUGUCCCCCCGCCACCCUCCCUCCUCCCCCCCCCCCCCCCCCCCGCUUUGGUUUGGGGUUUAUUUUCUUGGCAGAACUGCUCUGUUGCUCAAGGAAGACUUAAUUUCCAGAAAUGUUCCCCAGGUGGGUUAAGGAUUGUGUAAAAAAAUGCAAGAAUGGAAUAAGAAAUGAUUCUCCUUUUAAUGGUUACUUAUGAAGUUUUUGUGUUUUGUAGUAAAUUUGUUUCCACAGGGUAAAAAAAAAAUAUAUACGUAUAUAUAUAUAUAUAAUCUCUUUUUUGUGAAACUGGUUCCUAUUUUUCUCUAUAAUGUGCUGUGAUUUUUUUAAUUUAAUUACAUUUUAUAUGAGCUUAUUUAAUCACUGCUUUAAUUUAUGACUGUGUAGUUUUUAAAAUGUAUAUAGUAGAAUUGAAACGGCCAAAGCUUUACGUUACAAUCUUUUUGUUCUUGAUGCUAAGAUGAAGCUGAAGGCAAGAGCUUCUCUAACUGCAGGGUGUAUCUUCAGCUUCUUAGCAGACACUUCAAUGUGUGUUGUGAACACUGCCAGGUUCCCCCCUCAAAACACUUGUACAUGCCAAAAUGAGUGUUUCACGGUAGUUCUUUUUGUCACUUAGAAAGGAGAAAGGCAUUAUUCGUGUUCUUCCUUUAAUUUAUUAAUUUUUUUUUUUUAGAAAAGAUUAUUUUGCAGGUUAGACCUGAAAUUCCAAAGAAUUUUAGAGUUGUUUAAUGUUUCAAAGCACCGGCAUUUUGUGAGAUACUUUGCUACUUUUUUUUUUUUAAACCAUUCACACGGGUAUGAGAAGUAAAGAGUGUAAAAAAACACAGAAAAAAAACAAAAAAAAAAAUCAAAGAACUUGAAUUUGGAAAUCCUCUUAAGUUUCACCAAGUUUCUGAACUGCUUCAAGCAGGGGGCAGGGCAGAGAGGCAAUUCUUCUGGCCAAGCUGAGGAAAGUGGAAUGGCUUUGUGCCCUGACUGAGAAAGUCAAGGCUGAGAGGCAGCCGGCCCAGCUCCUGCCUGUCUGGCCAACCCACAGGAAAGCAAGACAUAAUUGCUUAGCCCCAGUUAUCAAGGAAAAUGUUUCACAGUUACAUGCUCCUCUCCACAUCCAUUUCUUGUAAUCUGCUACCUACAGUUACCCUCCCCCUUUGCCCCCCCCCCCGCCCACCACCUCCCACCUCUACCCAUCCCCCCCUCAAUCACCCCCCAAAAUGGCAAGAGCUCUCCUCAAAUGUCAGAGUCCUGAGUGCAUAUAUCCCAGCCCUAUUUGAGUUUGUCUCUUCUCACUCAUCUUCCCACUACUUUUCUUGUCCACACCAGAGAUGGUCCCUGCCCCAGGCCCCCUUAAUCAAAGCUGUUCAGAUUCUUGGCCCUGCUUUAGGUCAACACACACACAAUUCUCAGCCAACUAGCAGUAUCCUCAGAAGUGCCGGUGCCCACUGUUUUGUUUUAUUUUGCGGAAAUAAAUUGCUUCAACUAUAUGGAAUAAAUCCAUAGAUGUAAAUACUUUUCCUCUCAAUACAAGAAUUUUAUCUUAUUUUCUUUUGCAAGGGUAUUAGGGGUGGGGAAGGAAAGGGAGGGCUUAGACUUUGGGUCAAAUGUUCCAUUUUCUUAGAAACAUUUUUAUACUCGUUAUGUAUGUUAAUAGGGCAAUAAAUCUGCUCUGACUUGCAGGAUCAUUGGUAAGCAUUGACUAAUUGUUUUUAAUACAAAUGCUGAGCAGUGAAUUACAGAAAGCCCAGGAAAAUGGUUGAGGGAGUAGACUUUUACCAUCAGCAAUGAAACGCUGAACAGAGUUGUAUUCACUAAGGUCAUAUUUUCUGUUUCUGUGUUAGUCUUGAUUUUCUUUUUGUGGUAUGUUCUGCAUUUAUUACAUAAUCAUUGUGGGCUCAUUUUAGAUUUGCCGUCUGAACCAAGUGACAAGUAUUUUUUAACAAAAUAAACUUUAAAACAUUGUCUUCCA